AUGCUCUACGACGACAGUCUUCCUGAAGAUCUGGAUGCGGCAUGUUCUGCAGCCCUCAUGGCUGAUGUCGCUUGUGAUCCGCUCGUACCAGCCCUCCGUCAUGACUUCUACUACCCGCCUGCCACCCUGACCCGUAUGUGCACCGAUGGCUGUGCUUCUGCGCUGCAGUCGUGGGAGAGCUCGGUCCGGUCUGCUUGCGGCAACGACAUUGUCAUUCCUGCCGAGGAUGACCUCGACGCAUCACCCAUUGUGAUCCCUGCCAGCCGCCGGUACACCUAUGGCUUCACGUGUCUCAAAGAGAACGAUGCCUUCUGCGGCCCCGUAGCCGCAUUAGCAGCUUUCUUCACCAAUCCUGGAGUUUCCGCCUUUAACUACAUCAACGUACUUCCCGAGGGCGCUGUCAAGCCUGCGGAUUGUGACCCGUGUCUCGCAGCCAGACUGCGCCUACGAUCUGGGUCGCCCUACUUUGACGGCCCCGUCGUGGCCAGCGAGUCCAUCUACCAAACCCUGACGUCCAGCUGUGGCAUCACGGGCAAGCCUGCCACCACAUCCACCAUUGACUACUUCACAAGCGAGCCGCAGCCCACCGAGUCAGUCUGCGACGGCACCAUGUACCAGAUCCAGGGCGGUGACGAUUGCUACAGCAUUUCCAAGGCCCAGAGUGUCGGUACGGCGUGGAUGCUGUCUGACAACCACCUCGGUGCUUAUUGUUUCGAGUUCCCGACUUCGGGUAGUCUCUGCAUCACCAACACGUGUAAGACUGUCACGGUGGCAGUCAACACGACCUGCUCAGCCAUCGCUGCAGCUGCGAACAUCACAGAGCCACAGCUGAUGGCUUGGAACCCCGUCAUCAACCCGGUCUGCUCCAACCUCAACAUGAUGAACGGCACCACGCUUUGCAUCGAACCACCCGGACCCAAGCUUCCACCCGCUCAGACGACGAAUGUUCCUCCGGUGACGCCCACCAGUGCUGCCCCGAUCCCCUCCAACACGGCCAUCGGAUCUGACAAGCCCUGCGGCCGCUGGUACGAGGUCGAGGCUGGCGACUACUGCAACCUGGUGACUCUCAAGUUUGCUAUAUCUCUUGAUGAUUUCAUGUUCCUGAAUACAGGCAUCAAUGCCAACUGCACCAACCUCUUUGCACAGGAGAGCUACUGCGUCCAGGCGGUCGGAGACAUCAACAACUAUCCCGGCCGACCCGGAUAUGCCUCCGUCACCAUUGACCCCAACGAGUCCUUCACCGGGGUACCCUUCACCAUGUUGCCCAACGCCACCAUGACCUUGGAUCCAAGACUGACCCAGCUCCCGUUGGCUACCGGCGUCCGCGACGAUUGUGUGUUUUACUUCAAGGGCGAUGACUAUCAGUACUCGUCUGACGUGUUCGGCUAUUGGAACAGCAACUGUGAGAUUGCAGCGUCCAACUACAACGUCGACUUUAACAGCUUCAUCGCCUGGAACUCGCUCACGACAAACGUCACUGACCCGGCGUGCGUGUUCCAGGUCGGCCUGCGGUAUUGCGGCUCCUGGGGUCUGCCGCCCACGCAAACCACCACCACUGAGGAGCCUGAGCCCACCGAGACCGGACCGCAGCCGCCAGCGCCGACGCACGAAGGCCAGCCGGAAGACUGUGACGGCUGGCACGUCGUGGUCAGCAGUGACUCGUGCCAGUCCGUCGCUGAUAACGCCGGGAUCUCUCUCGCCACUUUCUUCGAAUGGAACCCGGCUGUGAGCGCAGACUGUACAGAGAAUUUCUGGCUCGGACAGGCCUACUGCACGCAUAGGGAGGGCCAGGGUAUCAGCACCACGGCCUCGCAGUCUGCUUCAACCACGGCGCCGACGACGACGAAGCCCACUGCUCCGGCCCCCACGCAUACCGGCCAACCCGCAGACUGCAACAAAUGGGACGUAGUGAUGGAAGGCGAUAGCUGUGGUUCUCUGGCCAGUGAUAACGGCAUAUCAGUUGAGCAGUUCUUUGCCUGGAACCCUGCUGUCUCUAAGGACUGUAUCACCAACUUCUGGCUGGGGCAGGCAUACUGUGUCGGCGUUUCUGGGGCUGGUUCUGGCGCCACAACAACCCCAUCGUCAACCAGGCCUUCCACGACGGCAGCCCCGACCCCUCCCGCACCAACCCACACAGGCCAGCCGUCGGAUUGCAACAAGUGGGACGUCGUGGUAGACGGCGACAGCUGCGGGUCCAUGACCGCGGACAACGGUAUCACGGUCGACCAGUUCUAUGCUUGGAACCCGGCGGUAUCCAAGGACUGUGUGACAAACUUUUGGUUGGGGCAGGCAUACUGCGUCGGCCGAUCUAGUGUCGGGGGUACCCCUACCACGACGCCACCAGCAUCAACCACAGCGAAGCCGACACCACCUGCACCGACACAUACCGGCCAGCCUGCUAAUUGUAACAAGUGGGACGUCGUGGUAGACGGCGACGGCUGCGCUUCCAUGGCCAGCGAUAAUGGCAUCACCCUGGAUCAGUUUUAUGCCUGGAACCCUGCCGUUUCAAGGGAUUGCGUGACAAACUUUUGGCUUGGCCAGGCGUAUUGUGUUGGGGUUUCCAGCUAG